AUGACAAGCUUCUUCAUCGAUCCCAAAGAUCUCCCCGACGACAGUUUCGGCCUAAUUCAAGUUCUAUUCCUGGGUGUCGUCUAUGGCUAUGUGCUUUUUAACGCGAGCAAUCUCAUUUCGGAUGGUAGCGAGUUACUCUUGCUAGUGCCAUCCAUGGCUGGUAUCGUAGGCAGUGUCGUGCUGCCUGUGCUAGGUGCCGUACCUGACGGUGCUAUCGUACUUUUUUCUGGAAUGGGCCCAGAUGCACAGCAGCAAGUCUCUGUGGGCGUGGGCGCGCUUGCUGGAUCUACCAUCAUGUUACUCACCAUUCCCUGGGCACUAAGCGUCUACGCUGGUCGCGUCAACAUCGAUGAGAACGGUCGUGGUAACUAUGUGCGUCCAAAGGGCGAUCAACACUGGGCUAAGCUCACACCACCAGGAAAUAAAAGUCUCACUAAGACAGGCAUUAUACUUUUUGACGAAAUUCCGUCAACAGCCAGAAUGAUGAUUUGCACGGCCAUGAUCUACCUCAUCUUGCAGCUACCCGCUCUCUUUUACACCGGAACAAUUGCAAAAGACGCUCAUGCUGACAACACUAAGGUGGCCAAGGCCGAAAGACCUUUCGCCAUCGUUGCUUUUGUCAUUUCAAUGAUCUCCUUUAUACUCUAUCUAUACUGGAAUGUGCAACGCUCCUCAGAGGUCAAAGAUGACAUUAUUGAUGAGGUACGUGUCGCCGCUAUUCGUGACGGAGAAAUUAGUCUUUCGGGUAUUUUGGCCAAGGAAGUAGCGAAGUUCAAGACUGAAGCGCCAGAUAAUACAACACCACUUAAUGCUACUCGCGAACAAUUUGACCGUGUUGCAGACGUCAUUCGUCCAUUUUUCCACGCCUACGACAGAAAUCGUGACCGCCGUAUGGAUGCUGACGAGCUGCAGCUAUUUUUCAAAGAUUUGGGUGAAAGCGUGUCGCGUGAAGAGGCAGCAAAGUGGAUGGCUGCUGCUGACAAGGACAAAAGCGGAUAUAUUGAGUUUAAUGAGCUCGUCGAAGCCACGCUUCGCUAUAUGCUGGCUAGAUACGAAAAUGAAAAGCAUGGCAACGCUUUUGUCUCAAUGCAGCGUGUUGUGGUGGAACAGCAGCACUCGCUGGCUAUCCCACCAGCUGAAGAUGAUGAAGAUGAAGAGGAGGAGGAAAUUCCGGAAGAUCUUGCUCACCUAUCCAUUGCCGACCAGCAGAAAAAGAUCAAGAUUCGAUCAGCCUACAUGAUGUUCCUCGGUACAGCUCUUGUGCUCCUGUUUUCGGACCCAAUGGUUGAUGUGCUGUCUGAAGUUGGUGCUCGCACGGGCAUUCCUGCUUUUUAUGUGUCGUUCGUGGUGGCUCCAUUGGCUUCAAAUGCCAGUGAGCUAAUUGCUGCAUUCAACUAUGCGCAAAAAAAGACGUCGAAAACUAUUUCCAUAUCAAUUUCGGCUCUUCUUGGCGCUGCUUGUAUGAACAAUACGUUUUGUCUAGGCAUUUUUGCAGCGCUCAUGUCAUUUAAAAGCGGUGGUUUGGUGUGGGAGUUUACUGCUGAGACGUUCUCAAUCCUGUUUGUGGAGCUCGCAAUUGGCUUUAUCGCAAUGAAAAAGACUCAACGCCUGCUUGAUGCCCUGAUUGUGCUUCUACUAUAUCCGACAUCCAUCUUCCUUGUCUUUUUUUUAGAAAAUGUGCUCGGCCUGGAUUAA